CAGUCGGGACCGCCUUCUGUGUACUCGCAGCCUUCCCAAUUUGAAGUUGUACAAUGUGUAUGCUGCCUGGACAGAAGCAUCAGUGUGUUGGCUGCGAUAGAGGAGUGGGAGGGAUAUUGAUAUUGUGGACAUUUUAUUGUUUCUUCUGCUUUUUGUUGUUGAUCACAGCGCACAUAAUAUGAAGAAUAUGACACUUCGAAGGCUUAAAAAAGUAAACUCCUGUGAUCCAGCUAGUGGACUUUCGAGCCAGGACGAAAUUUACUUUCCGUCCUCAAAGUCAGACAGUUGUAAAACUAUGGAUUUACCAACUAAUUCCUCGGAGGUGUAUAAUUACAAGACUUUGGCUUACUCUGGUGGAACGUUGCCAAGGAACUACAGAAAGAGUGGCGGGCUGCAGAAGUGGAAGCCUCUCACUCAAACACCAGAGCCACAGAGGAAAGUUGUUGUCCUGGUGAAGAAGGAGGAGGAGACCUUUGGCUUUGAGAUCCAGACAUAUGGGCUGCACCACCAGGACCAAAACUCUGUGGAGAUGUGCACAUUUGUGUGCAAGGUUCAUGACGACAGCCCCGCUCAACAAGCCGGACUCAAAGUCGGGGACACCAUCACUAGCGUGAACGAGACCACUGUGGAUGGAUUUCAGCACAAGGAGAUUGUUCAGCUAAUCAGGGCCUCUGGGAACUCCAUUAGGCUGGAAACAGUGUACAGCGACUCCAUUCGAAAAGCAGAACUGGAGGCAAGGCUUCAGUAUCUAAAGCAAACCCUACAUGAGAAAUGGGAUGAAUACAGAUCUUUGAUGAUGCAAGAGCAGAGGCUUGUUCAUGGCAUAGUGAUGAGUGAUGCUGCUAUCUAUGAGUCCCUGGAGUCUGCGGGGGUGUACGGUAGUCUGGGCGCACCGAGCCCGGCCGCCCUGCGUGCCCUCCGCUGCACCGGCAGCACCAGCAGCAGCGCCAGCCACCUGAGUGUCACCACAGAGGAGGACCCACUCUACCAGACCUGUCUGUACCAGGGGCAGGGUGACCGCCUCAACGACGCCAACGGUGACCUCACCAGAACCACCAGCAGCACAGAGAAAGACCAACAGGAACAGGAGAAGCCACCCCAGGGUAAGCAGAGACUGAUCCGCCCCGCCAGCGAGCUCUUCACCUCGGCCAAGACCCACCUGACCCGCAGCGCCAGUACACGCAGCUACCUGAGGGGCUCCAACAACUCUUCGUCAGCACCAGGGGAGAAAGUGCAAUCGGGAGGGUUCAGCUCGCUACAGAGGAAACCCAAACAGAAGAGCUUCCGCCGACGCCUCCUCAAGUUCAUCCCUGGACUGAACAGAGCCAUGGAGGAGGAGGAGAGCAAGCUCUGAGGACUAAACACCCAAAGAACUGGAGACUCUUUCUGACCCAAAGACUUAACAUGGCCUCUGACACUCUAAAACUAACAACCAACAACCAAAGAUUUCAAAUAGUGCCAAAUCUACUUUUGUACUUGUUAAUGUUACAUUUGGUCCAGUAGAACCAAUGGUUCUUUGAGUUUUGAAGCACACUCAAUUUUCAGGAGAGGAUUUGACAUCUGUACAUACUGUACCUUGGUUACUGGUUUUAUAUUUCAUAAGUUAUUUAUUUAUUUUUGACUUGUAAGACCUAUGUACAGAAUGAUUUUUUUUUCUUUUUUUUGUGCUUUUUAAAAUUAUUUUUAUUAGAUUUUUUUUUGUCAUCAUGACAGUUGAAAACAAAUGCCUCAUUACAUGAGACUUUUUAUAAGAGGCACAUUUGUUUACUGCCUUUGUACCAGAUUGAUCCUGUGUUCUUUGCCAAAAAUAUCUAAAAAUAAAUGUGUAAUUUUGAUUAG